AUGACUGUUGUUCAGUGGAGGUAUUCAUCUUCUCACUUUCUUGUGGCAGAGCUGAUGAUGCUGUUCAAGAGAUUUGGCCUUGGGCUCUUCAUAGUCCUGGCUGCUGUCAUGAUGCUGGGCACCUUUGCUGCUGAUUAUGAAACCUUCUUGAGGCAGCACUAUGAUAACCCCAAAAGCAAUGUUGGGAAUCGUUACUGUAAUACAAUGAUGGUAAGACGAGGUAUGACCAGACCUAAGUGUAAGGAGGUGAACACCUUCAUCCAUGACACCAAGAAUGAAAUCAAUGCUGUGUGUGGGAAUAAAGGAGAACCUUUUGGGAACGGAUUGCGGCGUAGUCUGAAGCAGUUCCAGGUCACCACCUGCACGAUGAAAGGAACCUCCACUCGCCCUCCUUGUGAUUACAGGGGAAACAGUUCACCCAGAUACAUUGUCAUUGCUUGUGAGAAUGGAUUGCCUGUGCACUUUGACGAAGGUCAGAUUUACCGGUAUUUGAUGAUGAUAUGA